UGAAAUCUUGUUUCUCAAGGUCAACGUGAGUCAAGCUCCGAAUUUUUCUUCAUUCUUUUUGAUAGAAUGGCAAAUCAAGACACCAUUAUUGAUGAAAUUAAAGCUGUUUCGGAUCAAUUUACCCUCGACAUACCCCGAGCUCAUCUGACAAAGUAUGCUGAAAAGAUUUCACAGCUCUCAAACCUUAUAGCAGAAGUAAAACACUGGCCCGAUGGUGAAGUCAACGCAGGCGAUUCAAGGCGCGAUAUCGGAUAUAGACCAGAGAACCAAGAAAACGACCAUAAUCAAUGGACAUGGAAAUGUAUGGUCAACCGGGAAAAUAAUGAUAUAGAGGGUUGUGGUUUAUUGACUGGAAAAACAGUAGCUAUCAAAGAUUCCAUUUCAGUCGCAGGAAUUCCGAUGACGGGAGGUUCGCGCUCUUUAGAAAAUUUUAUUCCGAAGACGGACGCCAAAGUGGUGGAACGGGUUCUUCAACAGGGCGGAACCAUAGUAGGCAAGACGACAUGCGAAGACCUCUGUUUCUCUGCUUACUCUUAUACAAGUAUACAUGGGCCAACUUUGAAUCCUUUCGACAAGACCAGAGUAUCCGGAGGUUCCAGUUCCGGCAACGCGGUUGCACUGGCGCUCGCUCAAGUUGACAUGGCGGUUGGCAGUGACUCUGGUUGUUCGAUUAGGGUUCCGGCUUCGUUUUGCGGGUGUGUGGGUCUGAAACCAACUUAUGGACUGGUUCCAAUAUCUGGCUGUUUGAUGUGUUUGCCUUCGGUGGACCAUAUUGGACCAAUGGCCAGAAAUGUGGAUGACUGUGGUAUUCUUUUGCACGCCAUCGCGGGAACUGAUCUCCUUUCUAAUACAACCUCAGGGCCGAAUAUUCAAAUGCAUUCACACAAAUCCGCAUUUGGCACAAGAGUUGCGGGUAUCAAAGCCGCUGUUAUUCAGGAGGGUUUUCUAUAUGAAGACGAAAACUGCAGAAAAAUUUCGGAUGCAGUAAAAUUGACUGUUGAAAAAAUGCGAAAGUCGGGGCUUGAAGUAGAAUUUAUAUCAGUACCCGAGCUAAUUGAAGCACGGAAAGUCAUCGCAGUUCUUUCUCUGACUGAAUUUCCGAAAAUCGUCGGCGAAAAUUUGCAGCCUUACUUGGGCAGAUCAUCUUUUAUGUUGGAUUUGAAGAACAGCAUGCUUGAUACGAACAGAAAUCUUCCCCAAGAAGCAAAAGUUGCAUUUUCUGCUUCAAAACUUUUAGAAGAGGAUAUUAAAAAGUCAAAUAUAUUAGAGAAGACAAUCAAUCGAACCCUACUUAUGGCCAAAAACGUGAACAGACUUUUUUCGAAGUUCGAUGUGUUCAUUUUACCAACUGUCCCUUACCCUGCUCCCAAAAUACCCACUAUUCAAGACCCAUUAAAGGACUUCAUUGAGGAUCCCGCUGCUCUAAACGUGAACUGCUGUCUUUUCAACCUAACUGGACAUCCGGCGAUUACUGUUAAUUGUGCUUUCAUUCAGCUGGAGGACAGGGGGAAUAUGCAGGGUUCUAGAAUGCCUGUUGGCAUCCAGAUAGUUUCGGGAUAUAUGCACGAAGAAAUGGUGUUCAGAGUAGCCCGUGAAAUUGAAAAACUAACUGCUGACUGUUAGUUAGGUAAUUUUUGUGCACUUGUA